CCGGCAGCAGGUACGGCGGCGGAGGGCGGCUGCUGUGUGCGGAGGGACUCGCGGCAGCGGCUGGUCCGCCCUGUCCGUCCCCUCCCUCAGGGAGAGGCGGGAUGACCCCCGAGGGACCCGCGGGCGCUCCCUGGGGCGGGCUCGGACGAGCGGCUCUUCUCCCCCCUGAGCCGGUCACGUCCUAAACGGAGCCCCGGGAGGAGGGGGAAGAGAGGCAGCAGCACCGAUUUCCCAGCGGGGGGACCCGGAGUCUGGCUGUGCGCCUUUCCCUCCUCGGCCAUCGCCCGCCCGGGCAGGCAGCUUGGCCUGCAGAGCUUCCUUGCAAGGGUGCUGCUGCUGCUGCUGCACACAUCCUGGGUGUGUGGGCUGGAAUGUCAAGCUUCCCUAAUUAAAUUGGUUUCCUCGCCCUUGAUGUCUCAACAAUGGAUCCCAUAUCAUUCAAAGUUAAAAAUCCUCAAACGUCCGGUGAUGGCUCAGUAGACUUCAGUCUUCAGCUAGUGGGCUCUCUGCCGGUGCACUCUCUGACCACUAUGGCUGUGCUCCCUUGGAUUGUGGCAGAGAUCCGGCAACUGAGCAUACAGUCCUCGAAAGAAGAACCUGGCACCAGUCAAGUCCGGCUUUAUGUCUCACCGGCCAGGUUGCGGUGUGAGGCCGAUACAGGAGAAAGCCAGCUGUGGGAUCCUCUGAUCUGUUGCAGCUUGUUUGAGUACAAGCCGCAGCAUGUCCACAAACUGAUCCACAACAGCCAAGAUUCAAGCUAUUUUGCUUGCUUAAUAAAAGAUGGAGCAGUAGAUCAGCAAAGUAUUUGUUAUGUAUUCAAGGCUGGUGAUCAAACAGAAGUGCCUGAGAUCAUAAACACCAUCAGACAAGCUGGGAAAAUUGCACGUCAAGAAGAGUUUCAGAAUAACCUUUCAGAUGUUGAAGAUCCUUUUAGCAAAAAAUUUGAGGUGCUGUUCUGCGGCCGAGUGACUGUCGCGCACAAAAACGCACCUCCUGCACUCAUCGAUGAAUGUAUUGAAAAAUUCAACGACGUUAGUUGUACCAAAACCUUGGAUUCUAGUUCCUUCUCCCAACAACAUGAAACUGCCAACCACUCUGGAGGAUUUUCCAUCGGUGAUAAAUUCCGGUCCGUCUUUCAACCCUUGGUAAAUGAAGAACAGGAGAAAAGGCCCAUGAGGAAAUCCUACUCUCAGCCUGGGCUGCGUUCUUUAUCCUUCAAGAAAGAUUUGCAAUCCAGGGGCCUGAGGAGUCACAGCUUUGCCAGAUCCUUUGAUGAAGAGGGUGUUUCUCUGAACUUGAGUAGUCAAUUUAUCCACGGGCAAAAUGUGGUGCAGCCAACGGAUAUUGCAGGGAACCGGAUCAUGUUGUUCACGAUUGGCCAGUCUGAAGUUUACAUUAUCAGUCCUGACACCAAAAAAGUAGCCAUUGAGAAAAGCUUUAAAGAAAUUUCCUUUUGCUCUCAGGGAAUUAGACAUGUGGAUCACUUUGGAUUUAUCUGCAGAGAGGCUUCAGAAAAUGGCGGCUUCCAUUUUGUAUGUUAUGUGUUUCAAUGUACAGAUGAAGCUCUGGUUGAUGAGAUCAUGAUGACUUUGAAACAAGCUUUUACAGUGGCUGCUGUUCAGCAGACCGCCAAAGCACAACUCCAGCUCUGCGAAGAAUGUCCCCUGCAGAGCCUGCACAAACUCUGUGAAAAGAUCGAAGGGCUUCAUCCAUCUAGAACUAAACUGGAACUGCAGAAAUACUUAACAGCACUGAGUAACCAAGAGCAGGCCUCUGUCUUUGAAGAAGUUCUGAAAAUAAAGCCAAGGAAUGAACAGAAGGAGAAUGAGGCAAUAAUUUCGGUGCUGAGAAACAUGUAUGAAGAAAAACAGAAGGAUCACGUUCAUCUUAGUGAAACCAAGCAGACGUCACAUCCCUCACUAGAGGCCCUGGGAAACGAGACCUUGAGCAGCGCGCCCCGGUUCAGACUGGAAAUGUUGAAAAGCAAAGCCAAGAGGUCACUGACAGAGUCACUGGAGAGCAUUUUGUCCCGAGGAAGUAAAGCCAAAGGUCAGCUAGAAAGUUCUGGAAGCACUGAUUUGGACAGUUCUGUGUCUAGCACUCUAAGUUCUACAAGUAAAGAAACAUCUCUGGGCGAGAAAGAAAUCCUUCCCUCAGACACCCCACUGAAGGCAACUGGCUCUAUGAACGAUCUCUCCAGUGAACCCGAGAGCCCUCCCGCUGACCAGACGGCAAAAGCAGCUUACCAAGGCUUCAGACGGCGAGCAAAUACCCUCAGCCAUGUGCCGACUGAAAGCCAGGAGUCUUCAGAACCUGCAGAAGCCUCCCCUUCUGUCCCCCAAAGAAAACUUAUGAGGUAUCAUUCUGUGAGCACGGAGACUCCACACCAGCAAAACUCAAACACUUCUUCCGAUCAGCCUCCAGCUGCUCCUCCUCCUCCUCCUCCUCCUCCUGCAGCUCACCUUAAUCCCUCGGCAUCCUCGCCCAAUUUAUUUAAGCAUUUUAGGCAUAAUUCCAGCGGAGAGCAAAGCAAGCAAGCUGUGCCAAAGAGCACCUCCUACCGUUCUGCUCUGCGGAAAAAACUUCACUCUUCCUCUUCUGUGCCAAACUUCUUAAAAUUUCUGGCUCCCGUAGAUGAAAAUAACACCUCUGACUUUAGGAACACAAAAAGUGACUACAAGCCAAAAUUGGAAGAAGCAGCUUCUGCCUAUGAAACCCCUGUGAGGACCCGCCGGCAUUCCUGGAGACAACAGAUAUUUCUGCGAGUGGCAACCCCACAGAAAGGAUGCGAUUCUCCCAGCUGGCAUGAUGACUACUCUGAGCUGGGGGAGCUUCCCCUGAGGUCGCCGCUGCAACCGGUUUGUGAAGACAGUUUGUUUAGGACCAUAAAAGAGGAAAGGAAAAGGACCUCCAAGGAACUGCGGGAGCUGUGGCAGAAAGCCAUCCUCCAGCAAAUAUUGCUGCUGAGGAUGGAAAAGGAAAACCAGAAGCUGCAAGCUUCUGAAAAUAAUCUGCUAAAUAAGCGUCUGAAGCUCGACUAUGAAGAAAUCACUCCGUGCCUCAAAGAAGUAACGUUGGUCUGGGAAAAAAUGUUGAGCGUGCCAGGAAGAUCAAAAACAAAGUUUGACGUGGAAAAAAUACAUUCUGCUAUCGGAAAAGGAGUUCCUCGGCAUCACCGGGGUGAGAUCUGGAAGUUUUUGGCAGAGCAGUACCAGCUGAAGCAUCAGUUUGCAAAUAAACAGCAACCCAAGGACAUGCCUUACAAGGAACUCCUGAAACAGUUAACCUCCCAGCAGCAUGCCAUACUGAUUGAUCUAGGGCGCACUUUUCCAACCCAUCCCUAUUUCUCAGCCCAGCUCGGAGCGGGGCAGCUGUCACUCUACAAUAUCCUGAAGGCCUAUUCCCUCCUGGAUUCAGAAGUCGGUUACUGCCAGGGCCUGAGCUUUGUGGCAGGGGUGCUGUUGCUUCAUAUGGCUGAAGAAGAGGCUUUCAAGAUGCUGAAGUUUCUCAUGUUUGACAUAGGCCUUAGGAAACAGUACCGACCCGACAUGACCAUUUUACAGAUCCAGAUGUAUCAACUUUCUCGGCUCCUUCAUGAUUACCACAGAGACCUCUACAAUCAUUUUGAAGCGUAUGAAAUUGGACCUAGUCUGUAUGCCGCCCCAUGGUUUCUUACUAUGUUUGCUUCUCAAUUUCCUCUAGGAUUUGUGGCCAGAGUGUUUGACAUGCUGUUUCUCCAAGGAUCAGAAGUCAUAUUUAAAGUGGCUUUGAGCCUUCUGGGCAGCCACAAGCCCUUGAUUCUGCAGCACGAAAGCCUGGAAGCGAUAGUCGAUUUCAUUAAAUGUACUCUUCCAAACCUGGGCUUGGUACAGAUGGAAAAGACCAUUAACCAGGUAUUUGAGAUGGACAUCUCCAAACAGCUGCAAGCCUAUGAAGUUGAAUAUCACGUACUUCAGGAUGAACUGAUAGAUUCGUCCCUCGAUGACAAUCAGAGGAUGGAUAAAUUAGAAAAGGCAAACAGCAGUUUACGUAAACAAAAUUUUGACCUCCUUGAAGAGCUACAGGUGGCAAAUGGGAAGAUCCAAAACCUGGAGGUUUUGGUGGGGAGCCUGAUGAACAGCGAGAGCAAACUGAAGCAGACUGUUCUCACUCUGGAAUUAGAGAGGAAAGCCUUGCUGGAGACAGUGGGAGAGCUGCGCUCACAUUCGUCCAGACCUGCUGCGAACCCUCCUCUUACUAGGCAAGAGCACAUGGAUGCUGCUAUCUGACAGCGGAAAGAAACAAAGAUCUGCAGGGAUGAAGAAAGGAAGCAUUGUUUCCUGGAAACACCAUCGGAAUCGCUCUCAUCGUCCUCCACAUUGUCCAUGCCUUAAUUUUUGUUGAGUGAAACAAAAAAAAGUUUGCACAAAAGAGAAGCACGUUACCGACGGGGGAGACCGGGCUUGUUCAUUUUUCGAAUUAUUUGGAACGGCGCAUGUGCAACAUUACAAGUAGAAAAGCCACUGUCCAAUCUGGUGGUCAUGUUACUUUUGAACGCCACUCCUGCACGUGUUCCAUUUUCAGUUCACUGUGAACAUGCACAACCCAAGACUCCCCAGUAAGUGCUUCUCUACCCAAGGGCUCCAUGUUGCUUUAACAUUAAGUUUUUAGGAAACUCCCCUUUCUAAGAUUAUAUGCUGCAAAGGUGCUGGAGAAUAACUGAAGUAGGAGCUCCUGAAUGGAUUCUUGCCUCUGUUUAGAGGUCUAUGACGUGUUCAUCUGUGAUUGGACUUCGUACCUUUCUGACUUUUGUUUUGCCUGGACUUGAAACGGGUUCUGUGAUUUCCAUUGGAUUUUGAAAUCUCCCAUGUUGUCAGAAGUUGCCACCAUAAUGAACCACAGAAAGCUGAAUUUCACCAUGUAAAGUUUUGGAGUUAUUAUCUGUUGUUAUAAAUGUGCUUAUUUUAAUCAUGCUCUUUGUUUUCCUUUUAAUAACUAAUAUGACAGUGUGGUUUAGCGCUUUUGAAGUUGGGCCAAUAGAUCGUAUUCAGG